GUGUAUGUUAACAAUGAGUUGGUAGUCACCAUCGGUGAUGGUGGUAGUUUUGGUGAAUUAGCACUCAUCUACGGCACACCCAGAGCAGCCACAAUUAAGGCCAGAACUGAUGUCAAGCUCUGGGGUAUUGAUAGAGACAGUUAUAGACGAAUUCUCAUGGGAAGUACACUUAGAAAAAGAAGAAUGUAUGAAGAAUUCCUCAGUAAAGUCUCAAUACUUGAAAAUUUGGAUAAAUGGGAGCGUCUAACAAUAGCUGAUGCUUUGGAGGCCUGUCAGUUUGAAGACGGUGAAAAGAUAGUUGAACAAGGCCAGGCAGGAGAAGAUUUCUUCAUUAUUACAGAGGGACAAGCCGCUGUAUUACAACGCAGAGCAGAGGGAGAUGAAUACAUGGAGGUUGGUCAACUAGGCCCAUCAGAUUACUUUGGUGAAAUUGCUUUGUUGCUCAAUCGUCCUCGUGCUGCUACAGUUGUUGCCAGAGGUCCACUUAAAUGUAUAAAGUUGGAUAGAUGUCGCUUUGAGCGUCUCCUUGGCCCAUGUGCUGAUAUCUUAAAGAGAAAUAUUCAACAAUACAACAGUUUUGUGUCAUUGUCAGUGUAAAAAUAAUAUUCAUAAACUGUUGGUAAUUUCAGUAUUACUAAAAUACGAAAAAAAAUAUUUAGAAUUGUGCAGUAGUGUUUGGUAAUUUGAUACCAUGCACAUUUCAGUGCAAUUGGACAGUGGGUUGUCUCUUUUACGCCACCUAGUUGGUGAGAAAAAAGUACAUCUCGCGGCUAAUAGGGGACAUGUGUUACGCUGUUUUAUUGUAAAUGGUUAUUUGUGGGGGACAAAAAAUAUUACAUGUGAACCAAACGGAGAACGACCACAUUACUGUAAUUUAGUCUAAGUGUUGUCCAUUUCAAACAACACUUGCAUUUCUUCCUGUAGAUGUUCAUCAAAAUCUAAAAUGGCAAAUAAGCAAGUGUUUACACUGUUCAAGGCACUGCGAUUGAACAUCAUGUGAAUUGUGUCACCCAAUGCAACUAUAGACAGUUUUAAUACGGAGAAAAAGUACCUUUGCAGAAUCAGUCGUACAAUGUACAUUGAUAUGGUACUGAACUUGUAGGCUCGUUUCAAUUUGACGAUAUCCCAGAAUGUUGGUUGGGUAAUUUGUGUAAAAGAGCGAGUAUACGUUUUACAAUGUAGUUACCAUUUUAGAUGUUUGCCUAAGUCGUGUUUGACUUGGAAUAAACCUCACACACACAAUAGAAUUAUGUGUAGCACGAACUUCUCUCUACCAUUAUGAGUUUCUUCAAAAAAAAAAAUUCUUAUUACCUGUUCGGUAACGUUUAAAGUAGUGUUGUUCAUUACGUGUCUUUGUGUUAUUAUACUAAUACUUGUAUGUUAAUUUUACUUACAGUAGUAACAUUCUCUUAGUAAUAAAUUUAUUUGUGUGCUAUUAAACUAUGUGAAGAUGUUUUAUUCAAAAUAAUCUAUAUCAAAUCCUGGAGAUGAUCCAUGGUCCUUUAUGCUUAUAUAUAAAAACAUCUACACUCUCUUUUUGCUAUAUAUAUAUUUUUUUUAAAUUUGUUGUUCAUAUGAUUCUGUUCCACAGCAAAUCACUAAAUGUUUGUCUUAAUUACUUAGCCCCCACCCCAUCCUACCUCUUUGUGUGCUUGUAACUUGUGCUUCCGAUGAAAACAUUGUAUGGCAGGAUGUGCGGAUUUCAUUGUUACUUCACCAUUUUUGUCUUGUGCAUUUAUUCUGUAGUCAUUUUCAAAAGAACUAUUGAGUAUAAAUAACAUUAAAGUUGUUCAGAAUAACA